AUGGCCCUCGAUGCAUCAACCUUUGAAACUUUAACCCCUUCUCGCUUCAUUUCCUUCACAAUACCCCAUCCAUCAUGUUCCAAUUCACCCCUCCGAGUUGCCGUGCUAGACUCACUGCACCAACCCAAUGAAUUGCCUCAAGUUGGUGCCAUGUUGGUCCCUGAAGGUCGAGAAGUCGAUUGGAUCUUCUCCACUGAAUUGGGUCAUCUCCAACUCCUCUUUAGUACCCCUGAAAUAUCACGUUUGAUUCUCAUUGGAAACAACUUCAACGAAGGUACUGUACCUUUUCCUCCACGUGUUUAUCACCGCCCCUUCAACUGUUCAUUGCACCUACAGGGUUUUGAGGUUUGGUCAAAGCCUCUUCUUUUGGCCCUUUCUCCCAAAUCUUUGUUCAGAAAGGGCAUUCCUGAGAUACCCAUUUUGAUUUAUGAUGAUAACUUGGUUUCUAGUAUGGUGGUUCAUCAAUGUGUUGGGAUGCAUGUUGGUGAAAUGUUGGUUGAGGAUGUUGAAAUUGAAAAUGGCAGUGGGCUUUUGCAUCGUGGGAGGGAGUUUAGGAGGAGGUUGAGGUUCAAGAGGAUGCCUAAUUUAAUUCAGACUGAAAUCUGUAUUGUUCCAGAAAAAGAUGAUAGUGAUGGUUUGGAUGAUGUUCUCAUUGGUGGUGAUGUGGGGUUUGUGCCUGAUCUUAAGGUUUUGGUGCACCCUUACUUGGGGCCUAUGGUGGCUGGUCUUGUGUUGAAUAGUGAAUAUGUAGAGGGGAGGAUUCAGAAUGGGUUUAGACCGAAGGCUUUGUGCCUUGGGGUUGGAGGUGGGGCUUUGGUAUCCUUUUUAAGAACUCAAUUGGGUUUUGAGGUCAUGGGUGUGGAUAGUGAUAGUGAGGUUUUGAGGAUGGGAAGGGAGUAUUUUGGAUUGGAAGAAUGUGAGUUUGUUCAUGUAGUUGUUGGGGAUGCCUUUGAAUCUUUGAAGAAGCUUGUUUGUCAUGGAAAUUUGCAGCAUGAUUGUGAGGUUAAUGGUUUUAGGGGUCAUUUGGUGGAAGAUGAGGUCAAUGGUAAAUUUGAGGUUGUAAUGGUUGAUUUAGAUUCAAGUGAUAUAAGGAAUGGUGUAAGUUCUCCGCCAUUGGAAUUUGUUAGAAAGGAUGUUCUUCUUGCUGCUAAACUGGUUCUUUGUGAGUUUGGAAUUCUUGCUAUCAAUGUCAUUUCUCCCUGCAGGUCCUUCUAUGACAACUUAGUGAGUUCUUUUCAGGAUGUUUUUCACGAGCUGUACAAGAUAGAUGUAGGGAAUGGCGAAAAUUUUGUUCUUGUUGCCACUGCAUCACCUCUGGUGUUUUCAGCUGGGAUUUGUGAUAAUUCUUUUCUUAUGAGACUGAAAUCAGUUAUUCCAGAAGCAUAUUUGAACUCCAUAACAAAGAUAUAA